AUGGCCCAACGCAGCAAAGCGGCAGGGCAAAUCAAGGCACAAACACUAACAGCAAUUGCAGGCCUUGUAGUCGCUGCCAAAACCCUAGGACUGGCAUCGCCCACAGCUGACCGGGCAGCAGCGGCAGCAACAGACCCGUGCAAAGCAAUAUGGUACUUAGACAAACUGUCAGACCACAUUCGCGGGCUGUUAAGCAGGGGCGAAGAAAACAGGCUCAACCUGGAGAACCAAGCGGAACAACUUCAGUUGGCCUACAUUUCGACAGCAAACGGACACAAGAAGAUCGGCUACGGCAUACUUUUAGCGCUAGCGACUGAUCGCCUGGCCCAACAGGCAGCAAGCAUACAACAGGCGAAACGCCCGAUGACGGCAGCAACACAAAAACUGGCUAAUCUGUCGGCAACUCUCACGACACUACUCAGGAUGCAAAACAGACACCAAAAAAUGACGGCUACACCCACAAAAGGCACGGCGGUAGCGACCAUUACGGGGAGCGCGGCCGUGACCUGCACAUAUACAGGCCAAACACAACAAGCAGCGACGCCGCUGUGCCAAUUCCCACCGGAAGGCGAAGACAAGCUAGGUGCAGACAAGAUAACCUUAACCGACCUAACGAAACUGCCGUACCCGACGCAAAAGUAUACAGACGAGCUACAAGCAGACAUCUACGCAUUCUGGAAGGGCACAGUAACAAACACAGCAAGCACAGCAGCAGGCACCCCCUACUGCAGCAACGAUUCUCCAACCUACAACAACGGAAACAUCGGCGGAACUAACGCCAUAGGUGCCAUAAUAAUUCCCAAACCGCAUGCACCAGAAAUGGCACCGAACAGCUUAUUCACCUCGGAGAAUUCACAAGAGUGUGUCCAACCGACAACAGACAAAGGACCGUAUCUCGACGCUAAAACAGCGGUUUUGCAUGCCGUCUGUGAAGCACAAAAGGCGACAUUAACAAUAACCAGCUCGGCACUAGAUGCUAAGCUAGCAGAUUUUAAAUCCGACGGACAGCAUGCAAGCUACACACUGGCUGCUAUGAAAGGGCAAGGCUUACUAGCUGCUACAGCGACAGAAAUAGACAAGACUAAGGCAGAAGAAUUUCUCAAAGUGGUGUUCGGCACGAAAGACUCAGCCAUCGAAGACGACUUCAUUAAGCCGCUUUCGGCAAACAAACUAUCCUUUGCCGGCAAAGGCAAAGAACAAAAAGAAGAAGCAAACAAAAUCGCAAAGUCAAAUAACGCCGGCAUCGCCAUUGCAUUUUUUGCUGGCCAAGCCUCAAAAGCGGAAGCAACAAAAAGCUCAGGAGAACAAGCAGCGGUUGAUCCUUCCAAGAAAUCAGACUCAGAAGACAAAACAGAAGAAAAGAGGAACGGGGGUAAUACUGGCAAACCUGUGUGCAGCACAAUUCAGAACCAGACAGAAUGCGAGGCAGUCCAAGGAACUCCAACCCCUGGCAAGAAAAAAGUUUGCGGAUGGAUCGAAGACAAGUGCCAGGAUUCCUCUAUUCUAGUAAACAAACACUUGGACCUGACUAUGGUUGCUGCUUUUAUAAGUUUUGUAGGAUUUUAG